GCGCGGGAGUCAUUCAAAUAGUCGAUCCGUGACAUCGAGUCCUUUUGGACUGAGGACGUUCUAGUUAAAAUAAUUGUGAUAUUGGUGUUUGAAAAAUAGAUGAAGGGAGAGUCCAACUAAAGAUAUUCUAAGAUGUCUUACGCAACGGAGAACGUAGUGCAGUCUACGACAUGGGCCGCAACCAGUUUGUUUUAUAUGCUCCUGGUGCCGGCUUUGGUGCUAUGGUAUGCUUAUUGGAGGAUGUCGCGGCGUCACUUGUAUGAGCUGGCAGAGAAACUUGACGGACCCCCCGGAUUGCCGCUGUUAGGAAACGCGUUAGAGUUUACUGGCGGUUCUGCUGAUAUCUUCAGGAAGUUGAUUCAAAGGAGUGAGCCGUACGACAAAGAGGCGGUUGUGAAAGUCUGGAUUGGCCCUCGUCUCCUGGUGUUCCUGUACGACCCUCGGGACGUGGAGCUGAUUCUAAGCAGCCAUGUCCACAUAGACAAGGCCGAUGAGUACCGGUUCUUUAAACCUUGGCUUGGAAACGGCCUCCUCAUCAGUACAGGUCAAAAAUGGCGUUCUCAUCGCAAACUGAUCGCUCCUACUUUCCAUUUGAACGUCCUGAAGAGUUUCAUUGAUCUGUUCAACGCUAACUCGAGGGCUGUUGUGGACAAGAUGAAGAAGGAAGCCGGUGUGUUCGACUGCCAUGAUUACAUGAGCGAAUGUACCGUCGAGAUAUUAUUGGAGACCGCAAUGGGCGUCAGCAAGUCGACUCAAGACCAAAGUGGAUUCGAAUAUGCGAUGGCUGUCAUGAAGAUGUGCGAUAUUCUACAUUUAAGACAUACCAAGAUAUGGCUGAGACCUGAACUGAUAUUCAAUUUCACUAAAUACGCUAAGAAUCAGACACAACUCCUUGACAUCAUCCAUGGAUUGACUAAAAAGGUAAUCAAGAGGAAGAAGGAAGAAUUCAAAUCUGGCAAAAAACCUUCCGUCCUAAGUGAAACCAAAGAUGUACCUCAGAACAGUGAAUCAACAACCAAAACAACGUCCGUAGAAGGCUUAUCUUUUGGACAAUCUUCUGGCCUGAAAGACGAUUUAGAUGUUGAAGACAACGAUGUUGGAGAAAAGAAACGUUUAGCCUUCCUCGAUCUUCUUCUUGAAAGUUCUCAGAGCGGUGUUGUUAUUUCUGACGAAGAAAUCAAAGAACAAGUGGACACUAUUAUGUUUGAAGGUCAUGACACAACAGCAGCUGGCAGUAGUUUCUUCCUCUCAAUGAUGGGAAUCCACCAAGAUAUCCAGGACAAAGUAAUAGAAGAAUUGGACCAGAUUUUUGGUGACUCUGAUCGUCCAGCCACGUUCCAAGAUACUUUGGAGAUGAAAUACCUUGAAAGGUGUUUGAUGGAGACGCUUAGAAUGUACCCUCCAGUGCCAAUUAUUGCUAGACAUCUCAAACAAGAUGUCGUUCUACCAUCCAGUGGUAAGAAAGUGCCAGCUGGUACUACCGUUAUCAUUGCGACGAUAAAACUCCACCGUCGGCCAGACAUCUACCCCAAUCCUGACAAGUUUGACCCCGACAACUUCCUGCCAGAGCGUUCUGCUAACCGCCAUUACUACGCAUUUGUCCCCUUCUCUGCUGGGCCCAGGAGUUGCGUAGGUCGUAAAUAUGCUAUGCUGAAGCUGAAGAUUAUCUUAUCCACCAUCUUGAGGAAUUUCCGAGUUCACUCCGACCUUAAGGAAUCCGAUUUCCAAUUACAAGCCGAUAUUAUCCUAAAGCGUGCCGAAGGAUUCAAAGUAAGAUUGACACCGCGUAAAAGGACGGCUAAAGCUCAGUAGGUUAGAUAAGAUAGCGCAAUGAUUAAGAACUAUUUCAUUUAUGCAUAUUGUAAAUCUAUGAUUUUAAAAUUGUUAUUAACGCAUGGAUGAUUUAAGCUGUACGACACAACUCUUUCGUUCACAAAAAUCAUCGACUUUAUUUUCAAAUAAAUUGAAUUCGGAAAGAUUAUCAAAGAUCGCAAAGAGUAUCUAAUUCUAGCGAUUUCCAAAAAAAUUUAAUAUCGUGGUGGCAUUACAUUUUCACGACCAAUGAAUAAAAGAAGAAAUAAUUAAUAUUAUUUUAUUAUUCUUGUAUUCGAAAAUAUGAAAUCCUCCCAGUUUCAAUAAUUCGUAUUAUUUUUUAAAUAUAUAUAGUGUACUAUAAAAUAAUGAUCUACAUCAGUGCGCUAGCUUUUAAUUACUUAGAGAUGAUAUAAAAAGUUAUUCUCAAAUACAAUAUUUUCUUUUAUGUAGAGAAGUAGGUAUCUCAUCCUGAAAUAGAUACCAGUACUGACUAAAUUAUAUCUAGAUAAUCUUGAGCUCAUAUUGGUGGGGAAAAUUAGCGGGUCAGUCGGUGUAAGUGUUGCUCAAAAGGUUACUUUGGUAUUUAAUGUGUAAAUAAGUAGUUAAAGUUCUUAUUUUUAUAAGGUUAAAAUUAAAUA